GGCAUCUUUUCCCAGUCUGAGGUGACCCAAGAGAAGGGGAAGAAGAUGGAAGAAGAGAACUCCGGAGGAUCCGGAACUGGCAAAACAGCAAGCAAAGGGUCCCAUCCCAUCCAAGCUGGGAAUGGUGUUCAAUUCUGGGAACGCCCUCUGCAAGAGAUUCUGGCUGAGGACAGCAUGACCUCAGAUGUGCAUUGCCAAUACUUCCGGCUGUUCUGCUAUCAUGAAGCCGAUGGGCCCCGAGAGGUUUGCAGCCGGCUCCAUGGACUUUGCAACCACUGGCUGAAGCCGGAGAGGCAUACCAAAAAGCAGAUCCUGGACCAGGUGAUCCUGGAGCAGUUCCUGACUCUCCUGCCCCAGGAAAUGCAGUGCUGGGUCAGAGGAUGUGGGCCGGAGACCACUUCCCAGGCGGUGGCCCUGGCCGAAGGUUUCCUCCUGAGCCAGGCAGAGGAGAAGAGGCGGGCAGAAAAGAUGUUCAAACCAUUCCUGAAGACAGAAGCUACAAUCCCUGAGGCAGAAGAAGAUCCGUCAGAGGAAGAUCAGAGUGAGCUGGUUGCCCAAGAUUCCCUCUCCUGUGGCAGUGAAGAGAUGCUGCUGAACCGUUGUCUUUCCGGAGUUGUGGAAACGGCUGAAGUCCAGAGUCCCUUUUCCUUUGAGGAGGUGUCCAUCUCAUUCACUGAGGCAGAAAGGGCCCUGCUGGAUCCAGACCAAAGGGCUCUCUACCAGGAAGUCAUGCUGGAGAAUUAUGGGAAUGUGGCCUUUCUGGGUAAGGAUCUUUCCUAGGUGCCAAAAGUGUAGAUUGCCGCCAUUGUGACAAAGCAUGAAUCAAAAUAUAGAAUAGCAAUACACCA